AUGUCCUCCACCGAGACUGCCUCCCCCAUUGGCAUUGCCAACCUCCCCAACCAGCGACACAAGAUUGUCGCCAAGCGGGGUGCGGCCUUCACUAUCAUGGUCGCUGGUGAAUCUGGCUUGGGAAAGACCACCUUUAUCAACACCCUGUUCUCCACCACCAUCAAGAACUACGCCGACCACAAGCGCCGUCAUCAGAAGCAGAUUGACCGCACCGUCGAGAUUGAGAUCACCAAGGCUGAGCUGGAGGAGAAGUUCUUCAAAGUCCGCCUGACCGUCAUUGAUACCCCCGGAUUCGGAGACUAUGUCAACAACCGUGACUCUUGGCAACCGAUCAUUGAGUUCCUCGACGACCAGCAUGAGUCGUACAUGUUGCAAGAGCAGCAGCCUCGCCGUACAGACAAGAUCGAUAUGCGUGUGCAUGCCUGCCUGUACUUCAUCCGCCCCACCGGACACACCCUGAAGCCCCUCGACAUUGAGGUCAUGAAGCGCUUGAGCUCCCGUGUCAACCUUAUCCCCGUCGUUGCCAAGGCCGAUACCCUCAGCCCCUCGGAUUUGGCCGUUUACAAGCAGAGAAUUCGUGCUGUCAUCGAGGCCCAGGGCAUCAAGAUCUACACCCCUCCCGUCGAGGAGGACGACGAGCAUGCCGCUGCUCACGCGCGCACCCUCACGGCUGCCAUGCCUUUCGCUGUUAUCGGAUCCGAGAAGGACGUCAAGACCACCGACAACCGGGUCGUUAAGGGUCGUCAAUACGCCUGGGGUGUUGCCGAAGUUGAGAACGAGGAUCACUGCGAUUUCAAGAAGCUCCGCUCUAUUCUGAUCCGCACCCACAUGCUCGAUCUCAUCCACACUACCGAAGAGCAGCACUACGAGGCCUACCGCGCACAGCAGAUGGAAACCCGCAAAUUCGGCGAGGCCCGCCCCAGGAAGCUGGACAACCCCAAGUUCAAGGAAGAAGAGGAGAACCUGCGCAAGCGUUUCACCGAGCAGGUCAAGGUCGAGGAGCAGCGGUUCCGCCAGUGGGAGCAGAAGCUCAUUGCAGAGAGGGAUCGCCUCAACAAGGACCUGGAGGCCACCCAUGCUGCAAUCAAAUCGCUCGAGCAGGAGAUCGAGGGGCUGCAGGGCUCUUCUACUCGCAGCCAUGGACGUCGUUAA